AAUCAAUAACAACAAAAAUUUAAUUAAUAAUUUUAAAUAAAUAAUAAAAAAGUUAAAUAUACCGUACUAGUCAUCAGUCAUCACAGUAAUUAUGACAUUAAUAAUUAUGACAUAAUUAUGACAGUAAUAAUAAAUAAUAAUAAUAAUAGUAAAUAGUAAUAAUAAUUAACACAAGGGCACAAGGUCACAGCGUGUUUACAAUUUACAUAGGCAAAAUAAACGAUUUAAUUUUGUUAGAAAAACAUUAUAAAUUAUUAUUGAAUAAUAAUGUCAAAUGAAGUACAAGGUCGUGGUGGACGUGGACGUGGCAGAGGAAGAGGAAGAGGAAGAGGCCGGGGUCACUUCAAACAAGGUGGACAUCGUGGUAGUUAUCAAAACAACAAACCAUACAACAAAAGAUCUCAUAGUUCUCAUGAUGAUUCAAAUGAUAAAAAACGUGCAAAAUUUGAAGUAUCAGAACGUCUUAAAGAAGUUGAUAUUGGUGUAACUGAAUUUGUCGGUUCACAUGAGCAUUUUUCUGGAAUUGUUAAAGAACGUUUUGCUGAUUUUCAUGUUCAUGAAAUAAAUCUAGAUGGUGAAAUAUGUAAAUUAACAUCACAAGAUUUUCCUGUUGAUGCUCAAGUAAAUGAUGAUAUAUUAAAAAAAAAUAUUCCAAUAGAAGCUUUGGUAAAAAUUGAAUUAGCUAACAGAGAAAAUGCUGAUUUUAAAGAAAUUGAAAUUGAUGUUACAAGCUUAGAUAAAGAAGUACGAAAAUGUAUUCAUACAAUGGUAAAAAAAAAUGUUUCAGUAAUAAGUCAAACAAUCGAGAAAGAUGAUAAAAAAUAUAUUGUUAUUAAAAAAAAUGAUAGCAAGAGUUCAGAUGGAAAACGUUUUAACAAUAAUUCACAUGUUAACUGGACAAAUAGACCUGGUAAUUACUGUCAAUUUUUAUUACACAAAGUGAACAUUGAUACAAUGGAAGUGUUGAAUCAACUUGGAUCAAUAUUGCGUAUAAGACCAAAUAAUUUUAAUUAUGCUGGUACAAAAGAUCGUCGUGCUCAAACAACUCAGUGGUUUUCUUUGAGAAGAGUAGAACCAUCUGAUAUUCAUCGUGCUUGUAAACGUAUUCGUGGUGCUUAUGUUGGAAACUUCAAGUAUGUCACUGAGCCACUAAAACUAGGUAUGCUAAGUGGUAAUCAUUUUAAAAUUGCAUUGAGAAAUAUAACUGCAAGUAAUGAUGUUAUUGAUACUGCAAUGACAAAUCUUCGUGAUAAUGGUUUUAUAAAUUAUUAUGGUCUUCAAAGAUUUGGUACUAUUGCUGAAAUACCAACUUAUGAAAUUGGCAAAGCUUUACUUUUAAGUAAAUGGAAUGAUGCUAUUGAUUUAAUUUUAAAACCAAGAAAGGGUGAAAAUAAUGAUAUAGCUGAAGCAAGACGUAUUUGGGCUGAAACAAAAGAUGCUAAAGCUGCACUUGUACCUGUUGCAAGAAACAAUAAACCUGAAGUUAAAUUACUUGAAGGUAUUUUAAAAAAUGGACCAAAUAAUCCACAAGGUGCACUUGAUGCACUACCAAGAAAUACCAGAACAAUGUAUACACAUGCUUAUCAAAGUUUUGUUUGGAAUAAUAUUGUAUCACGUAGAAUACGAGAAUUUGGUUUAAAACCAAUUGUUGGUGAUCUUGUUUAUGAAAAAAUUGAUGGUACAGAUGAAAUAGAAACACUUGAUUACAGUCAAAUUGAUGAAGAUGCUAAACAAACAGAUAAAUCUACAGGUGAUGAUGAUAAAGUUAAUGAUAAAGAUGAUACAACAAACAAUACACCAUUAGAUAAUAAUGAUACAAAGUUACCAGCUGUUAAAUGUUUGACUGAAGAAGAUUUGCCAAAUUAUACAUUUGCUGAUAUUGUUAUGCCACAACCUGGUUGGCGUGUUGUUUAUCCAACUUAUGCUAAAUCAUGGUUUGAAGAAUUUCUUGAAAAAGAUGGACUUACAACAAAUUUAAGUCAAAAAAACAAAAAAUAUACACUUGGUGGAGGCUACAGAAAAAUUCUCCAGGUACCAAAAGAUGUAACCUGGAGGGUAAUAAAUUACAAUCAAAUUCUUGAUAAUCUAAUUCUUGGUGACAUUGAAGAGCUCAAAGGCCAAGAACCACUUAAAAAUGAUCCAGAGGGUAAAUAUAAAGCUCUUAUUAUUGAAAUGUCACUAAAAUCAUCAGCAUACGCAACAAUGGCUCUUAGAGAAGUUUUGGCACAUGACACAUCAUCUCAAAGUCAAGCAGAGCUAUCAGCUGCUUAUCAUGCAAAAGAUGCUGAAGAAACAAAACAAAAACAAGCCAAUGAUGAAAAAAUAAAUAAUGAUACUGUCAAUAAUGAUAAUGAAACAAAAGUAAAAGAUGAAUCUAUGAUAGUCGAAGAGAAGGAUAAAUCAUGUGAUGUUGAAAAUAACUUGAAUAAGGAUAAAAUUAAUGAUGAUGAGACAAAAGUAAAAGAUGAAUCUGUGAUAGUCGAAGAGAAGGAUAAAUCAUGUGAUGUUGAAAACAACUUGAAUAAGGAUAAAAUUAAAGAUGGUGAAGAAAAGAUGGAUGAAUCAGCUGAACCAGUUGUUGAAUCAAUUGAUAAACAAUAGUUUUUUAACGCGUUUAUGAGGUAUGUGAUUUUCAUAUUAUUUUGUUAUCAAUACGACUCAUCAUAAUGAUGAUUUGAUACAACAAAACAAGUGAUUAUCAAAUCGUACAAAAACGUAAUCAUACGUCUCAACUCAUGCUGCCCACUAUUAAUAAUAUGUAAAAUUUUACGCACUAAUUUUUGUUCAAUAAAUAAAGAUUUUUCAUUUAAAAAAAAAAACUAUUUAAUAUUUUUUUUUUAUCAGUAAGGGAUAGAGAAACAAUUAGGCAAAUUAAUAGUUAAAGAAUAUUUUUAUUUUUUUGUUUGAGUUAGUUUUUUAAAAGACAAUUAAAU